CCCCACCCCUCUGGUACUGUUGGCUGGGACUUUGGCCCGGGCCGCUGGGUGGGGGAGGCGGGAGGGGACUCUCAGGAGCUAUAAAGCCCUCCUGGGCACAGCUGUGGGGACCGUGGGAGUGACAAGGACAGCCCUCCGAGUUCGUGUUGCAGGACCCCUGACACCAUGGACCGCAGACUCCUCGCGCUGACUCUUGUUCUCCUGAUACUGGGGUGUGAGGCCCAGGUGUUGCCCCAGGAAGAUGAGGCGCUCCUCCCCAAGUUCCAGACUUCCUUAUUUGGCUACUGGGACUCCGCCAAGACGGCCGCGCAGGGCCUGUACGAAAAGGCGACCCUGACCAAUGUGGAUGAGAAACUCAGGGACAUUUACAGCCAGAGCACAGCCGCCGUGGCCACCUACGCGGCGAUCUUCACUGACCAGCUCUACUCCCUGAUCCGGGGAGACCCGUAAUGGCCCGGCGAGGGAGGGCCCAGCUGGCGGCGGCCACUCCGG